UAAUAUUUAUACCUUCUUUAGAAACGAUGACAUUAUCUAGAAAUAGUGUUAAAAAGUUGAGGUACUCCGUAUAUUUCAUACUGCUAGUUGUAUCAUUUAUAAUAAUCUUAAGAUAUCUUGGCAAUAAAAAAACUUCACGAGAGCUUGUUUUAAACACAACAAACGAGAAUAUUGAACCUAAACUUAUUCUAAUUUACAAUACAUUAUGGGGUAGUAAACUAUGGACGGGUUUAGAAACAACUGAAAAAUGGAACAAUUGGGGCGGACACCCAUGUAAAGUUCAAAACUGUCGAGUAACCUAUAACAAGAAGCUGCUUAGUAAAGCUGACGUAGUUCUUUUUCACGCAUUUGGUAGUGAUAUGUUGACUCGUCGAGAGUUACUGAAGAUUCAAAAAGAUCGAAACCCGAACUCUUACUGGAUAUAUUUUCUUCAUGAGUGUCCUCAUAACGCUAAACCUGAACCUUAUUUGUAUGAUGGAUUGUUUAAUUGGACUAUGGGAUAUCGUCAUGAUGCGGAUAUUUUUGUUCCAUACAACUGGGAAUGGGGUUCUUGGGAGGAAAAAAGUUUAGAUGAAAAAUCAACAUCGUUUAGAAAUCACGCUGAAGAUAAAGAUAAGUUAAUAUGGAGUGGAAUAAGCCAUUGUGGUUGCAUGAGAGAGCAUUAUAUUCAUAAACUAAGAGAGUUCAUUAAUGUGGAUGUAUUUGGUAAUUGCGCCAAUAAGUUUUAUAAAGAUAAAACUCCUCCGGUGUGUCAACGAGGUACAGCUGAAUGUAAAGCACGGCUAAAACGUUACAAGUUUUAUUUAGCUUUUGAAAAUUCGUUUUGUGAAGAUUAUGUUUCUGAAAAGUUUUCUGAAACAAUUUUAGAUGGACAUACAGUUCCCAUAGUGAUGGGGGGAGCAAAUUAUAAAAAGAUAGCACUACCUAACUCUUAUAUAGAUGUGAAUGAUUUUGACACAAUUGAAGAUCUUGCCAAUUACAUAAAGUAUUUAGACGAAAAUGAUAACGCAUAUAACAAACAUUUUGAGUAUAAAAAAACUUGGAAACUUGGCAAACCACGUGCAUGGAGCUGCAAAAUAUGCGAAAUGAUCAAUUCAAUUGAUUUGAAGCCUAAAUCGUAUGAAAAACUAGGAGAUUGGUAUUCUGCACAAAAUACAUGUGGAACAAGACUGAACAAGCUCCGAAAAAUUAUGCACAAAUCAGGAGUACCUCAUCCUUAUACAGAUGAAUAUUAUUUGUACGAUUAUGCAGUUGAUGCUUAAUAAUUUUCCAUAAAUAGGUUCAUAAUACUUACUUAAUAAAUACGUAAUACAUACGUAACCUUAUUACGUCAGGUACGUAGUAAUUGCGUUUUAGAUUAACUUCAAUAAAUAAGUAUGUUAUUCAUAUUUAAAUUUAUUUUCUAUAAAAUUUGAAAUGUAUUUGAUUUAAAUAGAAUAUAAUAUAAGAAUUUUUAAAA